UCAGAACUCCAUAAUAAGCAGAAUUGGAAACAAACAAUUCCGUCACUUCCACAACUUGUAUCACAUUGCCUUGCGUUCAGCCUUGUCACCUUGACUAGCUUCAUCACCCAUGCCCAUUCCGUCAUGGCCAUCACAGCUCAUACCAUCAAGGUGUAUCUUAGCGGCAUCAGCUUCUUUUGCAAGCUUAUAACAGGCAGUCCAAGCCUAGCCUCCAAUCACCCGCAAAUUACUGCUCUCCUUAAAGGACUCAUACGCCAAGAACCAGCUAAGAUCCCUCGCCGUCUCCCCCUUACAUCCGACUUGCUGUUAGCUUGCAUCCAUACCAUCCGCUCUGGAUACUGCACUUAUCACAUCGCACGAACCUUAGAAGCCAUGUUUCUGCUUGCCUUCUUUGGUUUCCUCCGAUGCUCAGAAUUCACCUCCUCGACCAUCCACUUUGACCCACGCCACCAUGCCUGCAUUUCAGACUUGUCCCAAUUCUCCAAUGACGCCAUGGUCUUCUACAUCAAGCAAAGUAAAACCAACCAAUCUGGUCAUCCUACACCAGUCUUCUACUUCAACGUACCAUCACCGCUGAAUUCAUUCGAGACCUUGACCAGUUAUUUGUCCUUCCGAAAGUCUCAAAGCACUUCAUCCACAGAUCCACUCUUUGUCUCGGAAGUCGGACAAGUCGUCACUCGAUUCUGGUUCCAACAUCACCUCCGCCACGUGCUCUCCUUAUCCGGUGUUUCCCCUUUGCAGUACUCAGGUCAUUCAUUCAGGAUCGGAGCUGCCACUUCAGCCUCCCGCAAUGGUGUCCCAGAACACCUCAUUAAAAUCAUGGGUCGUUGGUCUUCUCAAACAUAUCAUCGUUACAUCCGUUCAGACCUCAAAGAUCUCAGAUCUGCUCAAACCCUUCUUAAUAAGUAA